GUAAUUGACAAGAAGGUGGGGAAAAGCCACUUAAAGUUUUAAUUUAUUAGACCUUCAGUGGAGGACUCCUCGCUAAACCUGAGGUGGGUUGCUCUCCAUCUUCUACUUUCCUGUCCCCCUCCCUCCUGUACACACCCCAAAAAAGAAUCCCUUGAGACAGAAUCCAGCUUCUUCCCCUUGUUACUACCCUAUUCUUAAGGUAUAGAGCUUCUGUGGGGCUGGUUUUUUUGCCUCCAGAAGGCUGGGCUGUAACCUGUCUCCUUUCCCACAGCGUCAGCUCCACCUACAGGAGGAGGGUCUACUCUCCAAACAACACAACUGGGACCACUCUGGAGUAAGACAGUGUUUCCACUGCAGAGGCUGGGGAAGCCUGCAGAAGUUGUAGGUUGGAGUUUGUAAGUCGGCGUACACUGUCUUUCUCAUCAGGACCAAGUAGGAGGUUUUUGUUCUUUAGGCUAGGGUUGGAGCAAACUUGCUAAUUCCAGAAUGUUAGAGAGAAACCUCCUCCCUUCCCAGAUCUGGCUUCUAAUCACAGCUAUUUUCUCUUCCAGCAGACUCUAAGAUGGACAUAGAAGACUGCAAUGGCCGCUCCUAUAUGUCUGGUAGCGGGGACUCAUCUCUGGAGAAGGAGUUCCUCGGGGCCCCAGUGGGGCCCUCGGUGAGCACCCCCAACAGCCAGCACUCUUCUCCCAGCCGCUCACUCAGUGCCAACUCCAUCAAGGUGGAGAUGUACAGCGAUGAGGAGUCAAGCAGACUGCUGGGGCCAGAUGAGCGGCUCCUAGAAAAGGAUGACAGUGUGAUCGUGGAAGACUCGUUGUCAGAGCCCCUGGGCUACUGUGAUGGAAGUGGGCCAGAGCCUCACUCCCCUGGGGGCAUCCGGCUGCCCAACGGCAAGCUCAAAUGCGACGUCUGCGGCAUGGUCUGUAUUGGACCCAAUGUGCUCAUGGUGCAUAAGCGCAGCCACACGGGUGAAAGGCCGUUCCACUGCAACCAGUGUGGUGCCUCCUUCACCCAGAAGGGGAACCUGCUGCGCCACAUCAAGCUGCACUCCGGGGAGAAGCCUUUCAAAUGUCCCUUCUGUAACUAUGCUUGCCGCCGGCGUGACGCGCUCACCGGCCACCUCCGUACACACUCAGUCUCCUCUCCCACAGUGGGCAAGCCCUACAAGUGUAACUACUGUGGCCGGAGCUACAAACAGCAGAGUACCCUGGAGGAGCACAAAGAGCGGUGCCACAACUACCUACAGAGUCUCAGCACUGAAGCCCAAGCUCUGGUGGGCCAACCAGGUGACGAGAUCCGUGACCUGGAGAUGGUGCCAGACUCCAUGCUGCACUCAUCCUCGGAGCGGCCAACUUUCAUUGAUCGGCUGGCCAAUAGCCUCACCAAACGCAAGCGCUCCACCCCCCAGAAGUUUGUAGGUGAAAAGCAGAUGCGCUUCAGCCUCUCAGACAUCCCCUACGAUGUGAACUCGGGUGGCUACGAGAAGGAUGUGGAGUUGGUGGCACAUCACGGCCUAGAGCCCGGCUUUGGAGGUUCCCUGGCCUUUGUGGGGGCAGAGCAUCUGCGUCCCCUCCGCCUUCCACCUACCAACUGCAUCUCGGAACUCACACCCGUCAUCAGCUCUGUCUACACCCAGAUGCAGCCCCUCCCUGGUCGGCUGGAGCUUCCAGGGUCCCGAGAAGCAGGUGAGGGACCUGAGGACCUGGCUGAUGGAGGCCCCCUCCUCUACCGGGCCCGAGGCCCCCUGACUGACCCUGGGGCAUCCCCCAGCAAUGGCUGCCAGGACUCCACAGAUACAGAGAGCAACCACGAAGAUCGUGUUGGGGGGGUGGUAUCCCUCCCUCAGGGUCCCCCACCCCAGCCACCUCCCACCAUUGUGGUGGGCCGGCCCAGUCCUGCCUACGCCAAAGAGGACCCCAAGCCGCAGGAAGGGUUACUGCGGGGCACCCCGGGCCCCUCCAAGGAAGUGCUCCGGGUGGUGGGCGAGAGCGGUGAGCCCGUGAAGGCCUUCAAGUGCGAGCACUGCCGAAUCCUCUUUCUGGACCAUGUCAUGUUCACUAUCCACAUGGGCUGCCAUGGCUUCAGAGACCCUUUCGAGUGUAACAUCUGCGGCUACCACAGCCAGGACCGGUACGAAUUCUCUUCCCAUAUUGUCCGGGGGGAGCACAAGGUCGGCUAGCCACCUACCUACCACCCUCCCUUCAGUCCACCACUCCACUGCCUCCCUACAGGAGUCUAGCUCUUUCCCCACUUCAUCCUAAGGAGCUUGGCUCCGUAGCCUCCUCCACUGGCUACCAGACUUCACACUUGACCCUGACCCUGACCCCUCCUCGCCUAUUCUCUACCCUGACUGACUUAAGCAUUGUGAUGAAACAGGCCUUUUUGCUUAUGUUUCUCCUCUUCCUCUUCUCUCAUCCCAGCAUAGUCAGAGUUAUUUAUUGAUACAAUUUGUGGAUUUUUCUUUUGGCUUUUUCUCUUAAUUUUGAUCAGUCACCUGCCACAGCCCACAGACCGCUCCCACUUUAGGCCUAAUUUUUCUUUCUUUGAUGCAGCUUUCUCUAACAGCCCUCGGGGUAGGAAGCUCCUCUUAGUCCUAAGAGUUCUGAGCUUCUCCUGUUAAGUCCUCACCUUUUGCAUUAUCUGAUUCCUUCCUUUUGAUGCUGAUAGCUCCCUCUGGCCCUACCUGAGCUCUGUGGUAUUAUAUCUCCUCUCUGGGACCCUCCCACCUGGUACUCCAUACCUCUUGUGCCCUCUCCUGUUAGGCAGCUUGCACUAUGCUUCAACAAAUGAAGAAUUUCCUCAUUGGGAAGUGGGAGGGGCUGAAGAAAUUCUCCCCAGGCACUGUGGGGCUGAGGGUCCUCUUGACGUUCCCCUAGUAAUAUGAGUUCCUCAAAGCCCACAUUUGGGAAUCUCCCUCUGGGAUGUGAUCUGUCUCUUCUCUCCUCAAACAACCCCCAACACGGCUACUCUCUUCAACCUGCCAGUCUACUCAGUGGUGGUUUUCUCUUCUUGGAAUGCCCCAAUUUUAUAUUCUCAGGGGCCAAGGCUAGGUCUGCAAUCCUAUCUCUGACAUGUUGGGAGCCACAGGUGCCUAACUGGGAACCAGGGCAUGGGAAGGGGGUGGGUUAAAAUUCUUCUCUUUCUCUUCCACCUCUGAUCUUCUUCACUCUAGUGACCUUCCUAGGCUCUCAGGGGCUCCUGCCGUCCCUCUCCUAUGAGAAACUAGUGGGUUGCUGCCUGAUGACAAGGGGGUAUCUCAACCCCUCAGUCAUGCUGCCUUCUUCUUCUCCCCGCUCUAGGAUUCACCCUCAUUCCCAGGCUUCUUGGCCCUGUUCUUAGGAUCAGUGGCAGGGAGAAAAGGGUGUCUCUUUUCUCUCUUCUAAUUGUCAGUAUAUAACCAAAAAUUAUCCCAGGACGAGGAAGGGCAUUUGCCCCUCACCUCAUUCCAUUCUUGUCCUGGCAAGAAUGGGAUGGGCGCAACUGAACCGGGGGUCAUCCUCUACUGCCCCCUUCUACACUCAGUUCCCAGAUGUAGGGCAGGAGGGGCCUUGCUCCUCCUGGCUACAGCAGAGACCCCUGGCUUUUUGGGUAACCCAGUUAGUGAGAAGGGGGCAGGAGGAGAUACGGCUCCACUGUGAGUGGAGUUCUCUACAAGCGUUUUCUGCCCAAGGCCACAGCUAUCCCAUUCUCUGCUUCCUUGAGAUUCAAACCAAAGGCUGUUUUUCUAUAUUUAAAGAAAAAAAAAAAGAAAGUAAAAACCAAACACAGCACCUCACAAGUUGUAACACUUGGUCCUUCUCUCUCUCUCCUUUUCUCUUCCCUUCCAUCUUUCUUUCCAUAUGUCCUUUCCUUAUUGGCUCUUUUGCCUCCUACUUUUCUCACUCCCUAUCAGGGAUAAUUUAGGGGGAUGGUGAAGGGUUGGCUAAGGAAAAGACCCUGGGAUGGGGGCUCCUAAGGGCUCUAAGAAGAGUCUACCUUACCCUCUAUGGGAAGGGAGACCCUAGAAAACCUUUUCUCCCUUCCUUUUCUCCCCCAUUAUGUAGUCUCCCUAAGAGAACCAGAUUGUCAAGGAGGGGCAUUGUGGGUUGGUUCCUUCUUGACAAUGUAGCAAUAAACAGACGCUGCCAAGGGCAGAGGAUGGGGGUGGGGGGCUACCUGGAAGGAGAGUAGUCUCUAGAGAAGGGGAGAGGCUUCUCAACAGUACCCCAGGGAACUGGCUCCUUCUUUCAGGAUGGCAGCAGAACUGAGAUUAAUAUCUAGGGUUCUCCUCAACUGUUCUGGUUAUUGAGCCCCUUCCUGUUAGACCUACCCCUUACCACCUCUUCUGUGUCUGCUGUGUAUCUGGUGACACCUCAUAAGGACUAGUCCCUUCUGGGGUACCAGAGCCUUAGGGUGCCCCAUCCCCUCCCCCAGUCAGCUCUGGCACCUGUAACCUCCUGGAACAUGAAGGACUAUGCUCUGAGGCUAUACUCUGAGCCCAUGAGAGCAGAGACUGGAAGGGCAAGACCAGGUGCUAAGGAGGGGAGAGAAGGGCACUCUGUCUCUCUCCAGACCAUCACUGCACUUUAACCAGGGUCUUAGGUACAAAAUCCUACUUUCCAGAGCCUUCCAGCUCUGGAACCUCAAACAUCCUCAUGCUCUCUCCCAGCUCCUUUUGCAUAAAAAAAAGUAAAGAAAAAGAAAAAAAAAAUUGAAACCCACAUGGAGAAAAGAGGUGUUUUCCUUUUAUACUGAUAUUCAAGACCAACACCACACAAGAAAAUUUCUAAAUAGACACUUUUCCAGACCUUCGUUUUUUUGUGUCUGUGUCCAAGCUGCGGAUGGGAUUUUGUAAUACUUUCAGCAGCUUCU